AAAACCUUUUCCCGAGACAGGCCAGAAGGGAACUCACUAGAAAUCUACAAACUACGCCAACAAGAUCCUCAGAGUGUUGAUCCACUGUGUCAUUGUCUCUGUUCUCCGUAUAUUUGGUACUUUUCCCCCUUCCACAUUGUGUUGGAAUAUACUCUUGUUUGGUUGUAAGGCAAGCUGCGCGGGGCUCCCACGUUGACACAUUUUUCAACAUUGGAAUCCAACACUAGGUCUAUUGCACUUUCUCAGCAUCAGAUUCAGUCUGUUCAAGAAUACAUGUACCCAAGAAUAUGGACCAAAGACCAGAGUCACCACGUACUCCACCACCGUUCUUCAACUUUUCCCCGGAUUUGAAGAACUAUAGGGCAUUUCUUAAGUCCCCCAAUGCUGUGGUGGAUAGCGAUGCUAGCAAGUUUGCCCUCUCAGAGAUGGACUUCGAGUCAGCAUACGCUUUACUGACAACCACACCUGACUUUCAAAUACCCACAACCCCAGGUGCGAAUCAGCUUCCUCCACUGGGUCAGGAGAUGGACUUCAAAGAGACCUUUCUCCCAAAUAAGCCACCCAGUCCAAAUGUUCUACCUUCAGUGGUACCCAAUUGGCAAUUUGAUAUCGGCCAACCUUCACCUAAAUACCAUGAGCUUUUGUCAGUCAACGAGACAAAUGCGCUGGAAACUUCUUGGAUAGUAUCAUUGACGUUCCAGCCAGGAAUAAGCAGAAUGGUGAGGCCGCAACAGGCAAUAAAAGGCUUUUCCAAACAGCAUUUCCAUCGAUCUCGGAGGAAGAAUCGUUGGCACAGCAGGAUAACGUUGGACUUGGACUGGCACUUCAGCAACCUUUGGAAACAUCUGAUGAUACAACCAAUGUUUCUUCUGCAUACAUCAAUCCUUAUGGUAGCGAAUACGUUGAAACACAGCCAUCAUCGGUAUCUGGGACUCCACAGCCCGUUGUUAAGAAGCAGAGGAAGAAGAGGAAAAACUUGUUAACAGAAGAUCAGAAGAAGUUACACCACACAACGAGUGAAAAGAGACGUAGAGGACAGAUCAAAGAAAGCUUUGAUCAACUUGUGAGUUUAUUACCUUUGAUAGAUUCCACCGAGAAGAAAUCAAAAAGUAAAAGUGUUGUACUGGAGACAGCAGGUAAUGAAAUCGACAAAUUGAUAAGGAUAAACCAAGAGCUCAAGAAACUAUUGAAUGGUUCCGCUACAACGUCC